AGGAGAGCAGGUCCCCAUAGAGACAGAGAGACAGAGAGACAGGCAGCCAAAAUGACCCGUAUGCUCUCUGAAACCAUGACAGCCUCAAUGUGAAGCAGCCGGCUUUGGGACAUUAACAUUUCCCUCGAAAUCAGACUUCCGGAUGGUUGCCAAUCAGAUUUUUCAUUAUUGGAUUACCGACCAACAGUGUGUGCAGGGAGGAGUCCUGUGUUUCACCGCUAGCCGAGCUAAAACCAAGCCAGCAUGUCGGCGAUUUAACAGCAAACACAAAGCGAGCCAAUGCACUAUUAAAGGAUGGAUGUGGAGGGCAGCUCUGGCAGGGACAGCAGCUGGAGGCGGGCAGCAGCGCAGGAUGUGGGAGGACGAGGAAGCAUGGAGGCUCAGGUCGUUCCGCUGGAGCUCUACGACUCUGCCAGAGCCAAAAUAGAAGCAAAUCUCCGCUGGCUGUUUGCCAAAGCUUACGGUAAAGAUCACAUCCCUGCAGACCUGCGGGACCCCUUCUACACGGACCAGUAUGACCAGGAGCACAUCAAGCCCCCCAUCCUGCGGCUGCUGCUGUCGGGGGAGCUGUCCUGCCGGGUGUGUGCUCUGAUCUUGCCGGGGGGGCAGGCGGCCGCGCUGCACACACACCUCUCCGUCCUGCAGGCGCUCAGCAGGAGGGGCGUCUACGUCCUGGAGGCAGGAAACAGUCCUGUCUCUGACCUGGACCUCAGCUCCUCCCCCAUCAAGAUGAGCUCCCACAUCCACCUCAUCGAUGCCCUGAUGAUGGCCUACAUCCUGGAGAUGAUCAGCGUGGAGAAGGUGGUGUCCAGCGUCAGACGCUUCUCCAACGUCAGUGCCUCCAAGGAGCUGCCGUUCGACCUGGAGGACGCCAUGUUGUUCUGGAUCAACAAGGUGAACAUCAAGAUGAGGGAGAUCCUGGAGAAGGAGCUGAAGAUGAAGCAACAUUUGAUGGAGUCGCCCAGUCACCAGAAGCCUGAUAUGUUGCAUGCUCUGGCCAGCAGCUUAUAUGAGCCCGUGGAGUUCUCUCAAAUGGUGCGUUACCGUAGAGACCACCUGUCGGGGCGGACCCUGCAGCACUUCCCCCUGCUGGACGACCUGCUGAAGGACGUGAGUGACGGCACGGCGCUGCUGUCCGUCGUCCACUUCUACUGCCCGGAGCUCCUCAGGCUGGAAGAUAUCUGUCUGAAGGAGGUCCCCUCCAUAGCAGACAGUGUGUACAACAUCCAGCUGCUGCAGGAGUUCUCUAACGAGUACCUGAACAGGUGCUUCUAUCUGAAGCCUGAGGACAUGCUGUAUUCUCCACCAGUGCUAAAGAACAACGUGAUGGUCUUCAUCGCUGAGCUCUUCUGGUGGUUUGAGAGUGUGAAGCCAGACUUUGUACAGCCUAGGGACCUUCAUGAGUUCAGAGACGUGCGAUUGCUCCUGCAGCCCAAGAGUUCAAGAUCUAAUAUUCCCAUCUCUAACGUCACCAAACAUAGUUUCCUGACAACAUCGAACUCUGCCGACAUGUUGACCACGCCUCCGAGCCCCGACCUCAGCACUAAACCAACGUCCCUAAGCCCGUCUCACUGUCUCCUGCCCCUGAGACAGAGACAACAGAAGGUGGCUGACGAGAGCUCUUCAGUGCUGAGAAACAGGUCCAACUCCCUGACACCGGACGGGCAGAACCAGGGCUCCAUCCUGGCCUGGCCCGACAGGAGGGGGAGGCCUCUUUCCGUGCAGGCUCCCUACGCCCUGCACUACCCUCUGGAGGAAGACGCUGACAGCAUCAGCCUUGCCCGCUCCAUCAGCAAAGACAGCCUGGCCUCUAACAUCCUGAGCACCCCCAAACACAUGCUGGGCCCCCAACACAGACUCAGCGGCCAAAGCCUGCUCAGCCACAUGCGCAUAGAGGACGAAGAGGAGGAAAUAGAAGAGGGAGAGCUGGUUGCUGUCACCCACCCUUCUGCAUUGUCUCGCCGUCGCCUUGGGAGUGACAUGGAGCAGGACGAGCUGGAGAUCCCGAGUGCAGCGUCCACCUCCAGGGUUUUGAAUACUCGUUGUUCUCCCUUUACACCCGAGCGCCCGACAGACAGUUACUAUCUGGAGCCUUUGAUGCCCACCACCCCUAAGCCAGCCAAGGAGAAGAGCAUCAGCCUGAAUAAAGAGGAGGAGAGCGGGGAGAGUCGCUUCAGAGCUGCUAGGAAAGAAGCAAGCAGCAUUCCACAGAGGAAAACCCCAACGCCUGAGUCCAACAGAGGCAUCUUCACACCCAUACAGCUGGCAGAGUCAGGGAGAAUCAGGCCGCCCACAGAGGGGUCUGCAGUCACCCCUCAGCCUGAGAAGAAACUCUCCCCAGGCUUUUUCCUUCAUAUGUCAGGAGAGCCAGACCCCCACUGCCCUCUCCCCUCUGCGCUGGGUGUCAGAGACGACUCGGACUCUGACAUCGCAGACCUGGAGGAAGACGAGGAGGACGAGGAUCUGACUAAAGAGGUGGUGAAGAGAGCACAGGGGAUGUACUUGCAGGAGGGAGAGGUGUGUAAGUUUAGGGAGUUAGACUGUGAGUCGGCCAAGCUGAGAGAGGACUCGAAGGUGAGCGAGCGGGACGAUAAGGAGGGGGGCAGCGGGCGCUCCAGCCCCUGCCUCAGCACCGCGUCCUGGGCCAGCAGCGCGUCAGGCAGCGCCAGCGUCAAGAUGACCAGCUUCGCCGAGAGGAAGCUCCUCAAACUGGGGCUCCGCGAAGAAUUCUCGAGCACCAGCAGCUCUCAGAAGACCACCCCGGACGGGUCUGAGGUCACGCCUUGCCCCCCCUGGCAACUGAGAAGCGACUACACCUCCGGCUGGCUCGCCAAGGAGCCCAGAUCUUUGCUGGGAAAGAACCUGGCGUUGAGUCCCUCCGUAGUGCCUUCAGAGCUGCUGCAGCUUCACAUGCAGCUGGAGGAGCAGAGGCGAGCCAUCGAGCACCAGAAGAAGAAGAUGGAGACGCUGUCGGCACGGCAACGGCUGAAGCUCGGGAAGGCUGCGUUCUUGAACAUCGUUAAGAAGGGAGGAGAGAAGAGCGACACACUUCCUCUGCCCCUAAAACAAUCAUCAGAAACAGCUGACAGGGGUCACAUGAAACCCCUGUUUUGUAAGGACGACUCCUGUCUUGAUGCUCUGAAGGCGAGGGAAACACAGGGAGGACAGAUGAGAAAGAACCGGUUGAACACCCUGUCCCAGGAUAACGUGGCAGAACCGGACCUGAAUGAGUGCUCCCACUCCAUAGAUCUCCUCAACGACGCCAUCAGCUCCAUCCAGCAGCAGAUGAUGCAGCUGUCUCUGCAGCAGAACCUGCUGAUGAAGCGCGUGGUGUCACCUGCAGAAAAACCAAUGAAGCGUGCAGUUUCUCCUCCAGAGCCGCUGAGGAAACACGCCUCCUCGCCUGCAGAACAGGAAGAAUCGAGCACUAGCACAACCCCCAUCACGACCCCCACCACGACACAAUCCACACCCUCUGCCUCGGACCCCAGGUCUUUUGCGGUUCACUUCGUAGAGAUCAGUGGCAGCAGCUCCACUCCGUCCCGCCGGCCGCCUAAACUCAGCUCAAGCCAGCGCAACAAAGCCUCGGAGCAAAAACAAAUCAGAGAGAACAGCAAGGCGGCUUCUGUCAAGCCUAUUACACAGCCCCCGGGAGGCAGAGAAGAUUCAGGGAGACUCCAGGAGAAGAGUGUUGAGGAGAAACCCAGGCCGGAGAGAAGCAUCCGGAGAAACAAAACCUUCAGAGUGGGCGAUGACCUCGAGCCGCGCAGCAGCGAGGAGGACAAUAACUGCUUCUUUGACUGUUCCUCAGCGUUUCCCUCACCAGAACUAGAGAACAAAGUCACCAACUCAGGGAAAGAGGCAGCAGAUAGGGAGGAGGCCGCCAGGGUCAAAGGUCAGCUGAUGGAGGUGGACCUAUCUGAGCUUAAGGAUCGGCUGGAGGACGUCAGUGCAGACGUCACAGAGUGCACUGCAGAGGGAGAGCAGAAGAAUACGCUCGGUUACUUCUUCAAGGAUGAGGAGAAAGCAGAGGAUGAACUGGAGAAACGCCGCGCUGCCUUCCUUCUCAAACGGCAGCGUAAAGCUGAAGAGGCGAGGCUACGCAAACAGCAUCAGGAAGUGGAGUACGAGCUGAAACGGGAUGAGACCAGGCGUAAGGCAGAAGAGGACCGUAUUCGCAAGGAGGAGGAGAAGGCCAGGCGAGAGAUCAUUAAGCAGGAGUACCUGCAGAGGAAGCAGCAGGUGCUGAUGGAGGAGCAGGGUCUGGUGAAGCCCCGCCCACGGAUGAAGUCCCGGAGGAGCAGACCCAGAUCCCUGCACCGAGAGGAGGCCAGCAGCCUCUCCAAAGGAUGCGCCACACGACAUUCUCUGAAGACGUCCUUGUUGAUCAAAGCCCAGAGCUCAGCAGCAGGCUGCAGGGGAGCUGAUCUGAGCUGCAGUCAUCGAGGGUCGACGCUCUCUCUGGCGACGGAGGCCGACAGCGUUAUCUCCGGAGGUGCGGAGUCACAGAGGGCUGGAUCUGUGUGCUCCAUGGAGUCGUUCCCCAUGCUGAGCAGAGCGUCCAGCAGGAACAUGGAGCGGGACUGGGAGAACGGCUCCAUUGCCUCUUCAAUCACUUCUAUGGAGUACAAUGGUCCUAAACUCUUCAAGGAGCCGAGUUCUAAGUCCAACAAGCCAAUCAUCAGCAACGCCAUCGCUCACUGCUGCCUGGCUGGAAAAGUCAAUGAGAGCCAGAAGAAUGUUAUCCUGGAGGAGCUGGAAAAGUGCGAGUCCAAUCACCUGAUCAUCCUCUUCCGUGACGGCGGGUGCCAGUACCGAGGCAUUUACUCAUUCUCUCCGGAAACAGAAGAGAUCCUGAAGUUCUCCGGCACCGGGCCCCGCUCCAUCGGCCGGAAGAUGAUCGACAAACUGUACAAAUACAGCUCGGACCGCAAGCAGUUCAACGUCAUCCCCGCCAAGUCAGUGUCGGCCACCGUGGACGCGCUCACCAUCCACAACCACCUGUGGCAGGUCAAGAGACCGGGCAGCGCACGCAGGAAGUGACACACACCACUCUUGUUGGGCAGGACCCAAUAAUCUCUGAGGUGAUUGACAUGUGAUCAUGUGACAGGUCUUUAGACAGUUAAAUCAGACUGUGGCAGCGUGAGAAAAAGAACCGCUGCCAACUGAAUGUUUUCUUUUCGUCUCGUUUAUUCUGCAUGUGACACUUUUAAUUUGUCCUACAUUAUUAGGCAGUAUUAACGGCGGGUUGAUUAUAAUGUAGCAGUAAGGAGGAGAUGGACCUUAAAGUUGAAUACUAAUGGAUCUACUUACAGCACCAACUACUGUACGAUACCAAGUGCAACUAUAACUUCAGCUUGGCAAAAAAAAACCUACUGCUGUGAUUAUUCCUGGAAACUAUUAUUCAUCAGUCACUCCGACUGGUCAGUGCUUUUACGGAGAAGGAACUAACUUUUUUUUAUGUAAGUAUGGAGUGGAUGUUAGUGAGUGAUCAUGUCCAGUAUUGUUUUAUAUUUAGUGUGUUUGGGAAGUGUGUGUAUUUGUGUUUGAGCUGAAUGCUCUGAAUGUCUCUUAAAUUAUGCUUUAAUACUGCAAUGGAACUACGGAGCAAAGCAACACAAUUGUAUUUGUUUUUAGUUUCGAAGCUGCUGUUACAGAAAUGGAAGAGAAAUUAUGUUUAUACAGAAGGGGAAAUUGUACUUGUAUUACAAACACGAGCCCUUUUCAGACGGUGCGUUAUACUUUUCUGCAGUAGCCAUGAGAUGCAAGUGAGUUUUUCUAAAUUGUUUUCUUUUCUGUGUUUAUAUCCUAAGAACACAUGAAAGAGUUUUGUUAGGACGAUCUUUCUCAGUUCCUUUUUUUAUAUCUGAAAACAGAUGAACAUUUUUGGGACCACAAGAGACCGAAGUGUACCACAACUCUGUUCCAGUAAGAGCAAAAGCAUUCAUGUUAAUGUUUUAGUUUAAGAUCUUCCCAGAUUAUUAUUACAACAACAGACACUUCAUUUUGACAACAACAAGGAAAUCCCCCGUAUAUUUACAGAUUUAAAAAAAAGACAUUUAGAAAAAAUAUGUUCGGAAAACUUUUUUUUAUCUAGAAAAAAACUUUUUUUUCUCCACCUGUUUUACAGAUAUCUUUUAAAGAAACAAAUGUUCACCUGUUCUUAAGUCAUAAACACAGGAGAGAAAAACAAUUUAGAAUCAUAAAAUGUUUUCCCACUUGCCUCUCAGGGCUUUCAUACAUAGUAGUGCAUUAUAUUAACUUCAUUCUUACAUUCCUCCUCCCGUACGACGUAGCCUCUGGCGCCCAACACGAGUAACUUCCAUCUAAUGACUGACUGUCAGCGGCUGGUGUUAUGUGGGGGGGAACUGCACAAUACUUGAUAUUUGUUUGCUGCAUUUUGUACACGUUUGAGUAGUAUUUUUUUGUACGUUACGUACAAGUUAUGUUUACUAAAAAGCAGGCACUAUUUUGAGGUUUAUUCUGUUACAGGCUUUCAGAGAUGUAAUGAGUCUUAUUUUAAGUGUGUUACACUGUAUGUUUUAUUUAUUUUGAAGAGAUAUAAUAAAAUGCUACUAGCUAUGUUUUCUGAUGAA